GACUUUCAUUUCAGUGAUUGACAUAUAUGAAUACCUAGUCUCUCUAAUAAACACUCUAAUUUUACAUAUGUUUAUACCAUUUCCCUUUUUAUUUUUCAUUUGUUAUUUCUUAAAAUUUCUGAAUAAUUCGUAUAUUUUCCAAAAGUGAAAGAUUUAAAUACUAAUACUCUCCCUUAUAACUUGUAACUUAAUUUAAAAUGGUAAUUAUGGACAACAUGGAUGGUAUUGGUAAUUUGGAGGAACAGGCACUGAAAAGGAAAGAAAGGCUAAAAAACCUCAAACGAAAAUUGCCAGGCGAUAAUAAUUCUACAAAUGAUACUACUAAUGAAAUAGCUGUACCACUUCCAAAACCUAAGUUUCGUAGUUACAAACCACAAGAUGAGACUUUGCAAGAAUCUAAACUUGAAGAUGCUCAACCUACUGAUGUUGAAGACGAAGUUAAAGACUUAUUAGAAGCUGGCAAGGAAAAGGUAGUUUUACAAGACUUGGACAUAUCUAGUUUAGCUCCAAGAAAACCAGAUUGGGAUCUGAAAAGAGAUGUUGCUAAGAAACUUGAAAAACUUGAGAGAAGAACACAAAAGGCGAUUGCUGAACUUAUAUGGGAAAGGCUAAAACAAGGCUCUGAAGAUAAUUUGGGGGCUGUCAUAACAAUGACUAAUAUCAAGCCCACAGAAGAUGACUGAUGAAUUAAUGUGAUAGUACAGUGAGAAUCCGAAGGUGUCGUUGUCUCCCCAAUGGAAGUGCAUCUGACUGAAAACAUAGUCGCCAUCUAGAGGACCUCCACGGACCCUUGGGUGUGGCUCGUUCUCUACCUCGAUCAAUACUGCAUCCAUAUAAAAAUUAUAAAAUUUUAGUUAAGUAAAAUAUAACCACAGUAUAAAGAACGCCCAGCGAGCCAGCGAUCCAAUGCCUUUGGCAUCUCUUGAACGAUUACAAUUCGGCACGAUUUGCUCUUUCUAGAUGUGCCCAUUGGACGACUGGUAGGGUAGAGUUCUUUAGACUGAUAUAUAAUAUCUAUGACCCAUUCCUAUUUUAUUUAGAUGUAUUCUUAUAUUUUUUAUUAAAUUAUUGUAAUAAUA